AGCUCAAGCCAGCCCGUCAUCAACCUUUUCAUUUCUGUCUGUCUGUAUCACUAGUGCCUAUCGUGUAUCAUGGACGCCCGUCUUCGUCGUGUAAACAAAGAAAUCACUGACUGCAAGAACGAUAAAUCUUCAAAUAUUAAAAUCGACCUUAUCGAUGAAUCGCCAUUCCAUCUAAAAGGGUCGUUCCCAGGACCACAGGAUACGCCUUACGAGGGAGGGCAUUUUGAAGUCGAUAUCGUGAUCCCCGAGUCGUACCCAUUCCAGCCAGUGAAGAUGAAAUUCAUCACCAAAGUGUAUCAUCCCAAUGUCUCAUCAGCAUCUGGUGCCAUCUGUCUCGAUAUUCUGAAGGACGCCUGGUCUCCCGUACUCACGUUGAAAUCCACCCUAAUCUCCCUCCAAUCCCUCCUAUGUUCUCCUGAACCAAACGACCCUCAAGAUGCAGAAGUAGCCAAGCAUUUCACGACUAGCAAACGUAGUUUUGAAGAAACAGCGAGAUAUUGGACCCAAAUAUAUGCUGGUGGACCUGGUGGGAUAGCCAAGAGUGGCAAGAGUCCCGAAGCAGUCAGGGAUGAUGUGGCUAUCGCUGGGCUAGAGAAAGCGCAUGUAGAUCAGUUCGAAGCUAUCGGUUUCGAACGAGGCAAAGUCAUUGAUGUCCUCCGGCGGUUGAACUACAGGGGAGCCAACGUCGCCAACAUCUCAGAAGAUAGAGUCGUAGAGGAACUAUUAAAAUAGCAGUUAAUCACGAAGUUGCAUACCCUUCAGCGUGUUUCUAUUUUUUGAAAUUGUCUAGCGAAUUGACUGCGUUAUGUAGACGAUCCUCGUGUCUGAAGUGGUGACUUAUCAUUUUCGGUUGAGACGGAGAUCCACUACGCACUAGCCUCAGGAGUUAAUACUUUGUCAAAGACAAAGCACUGAACUCAAUGUUACAGAGCUGCUCAUACGGAAUGAAUCCUUGCCGCAUCACGGCGUUCCAAUGAACGACUCUGUAUCCACCAAUCAUGAAUGUUAUCCGCACAUGGUUCCAACGUCUUUCAGGCAGCCAUCACGGUCUGUGUGCUAGACUUGUUCAUACGAUAGACUGCCACAAGUGGGCGAUGUGAGUGUGAAACAGAUAUUUAUGUAAUACGCAUAUAAGUGUGUUGCUUGACACAUCCUUGACAAGUUAUC